AUGUUCCGACUCCCUCUAGACCUAGGUCACGGCACAGGUGUGUGGAACAUCACCAACGGGUCCCAGCGAGCAGAACUCAUCAGAGCAGCACAGCUCAUUGUGUUUGAUGAGGCCCCGAUGGCACACCGCUACAUCUUCGAGAUGAUCGACAGAUCCCUCCGGGAUCUCAUGAAUAGUAGUGUGCCAUUCGGGAAUAAGAUCUUCAUCUGCUCCGGGGACUUCCGUCAGAUUGCGCCCGUCGUUGAGAAGGCUCGCACACCAGCUGAUGUCGCGUGCGUGUCACUUCGGGCGUCCACAUCUGUGGGCCGACUGUUCACACUAUUUUCCCUGACGACACCCCAGAGAACUAGUGGUUCCAUUGACUACUCCAACUUCCUCCUUGGAGUAGGCAAUGGAACAAUAAAUCCUUUACUUUUUGGAGAAGGCCGCGAGAGAGAGUCUCUCAUUCCCCUCACUGGGGUGAGAUGCCUCAACUUCUCUCGCGGACUUAAUAAACGGAUGUGUUUCCUCCUGGUGUUCUGCGAGAUCCUGAUCUUUUGUGCGAGACGGGCAAUACUCUCAACUCUGAAUGUGAACGUCAAGGAGAUCAACGGUCGCAUCCUAGACCUCAUGGACGGGCGCCAUUCAUGA